AUGCGUCUGCACUGCAAUUUAACACUGGUCAACCCACACUGCAAUACACAAGUCACCACUUUAAGCUCGCCCGGUUGGCGAGGCCCUGCCCCGGGGUCUGCGCUUGGGACGCCGUCCUACUCCCCGGGGAGCGGCUGCGUUGAACGGCGUGGACGUGGACGGAACACGGCCGGCGUUGUCGUCGCUGUGGUGAGCCCGCACAAGCGAGGGUGGCUGCUGGGCGUCGGUGCUGCUUCAGUGGGUCAGCACAGGGAGCGCUGGCGGCUAUUGCACUCUCUAUGGCCCGGCUCUGACUACCUACAGGAGGCAACAAACCUCCCCUCCUCACACUGGAACCACUUACCCCCUAUCUGGCUGUCUUCCUCCCCGGCAGCUCUAACAGCUACGAACGAUCCCUCCCGCCUGCAGAGUGCCAAGCCGCCGUUAACAGAUGCUCCAACCUCGACUCCCCUGUCUCGACUGCCUUUUGUCUCUCACAAUCAGCGUCUCUCGCACCUGCAAUCAGGCACACCUGUUGUCCAUUCAAUCAGAGUCUCUCGCACCUGCAAUCAGGCACACCUGUUGUCCAUUCAAUCAGAGUCUCUCGCACCUGCAAUCAGGCACACCUGUUGUCCAUUCAAUCAGAGUCUCUCGCACCUGCAAUCAGGCACACCUGUUGUCCAUUCAGUUCAUCAGCCCAUUCACAUCACAAUAUGUUUGUUUUUAUGUGGAAAAACUUGACAUCCGCAUGUUUAGUUACUCUAAACAUAACUAUGUAAUCUUUACAAUGAAUUAAAAACAUGAACAUCACCUAAUUUUCAAUGAAUGCAUCUUUUUUUUUAAUCUCCCGUCUCCCGGCAUUUAGAUG